AUGUGCGGGGCUUCAGAACGAUAUGACCGGCUUGAGAACGAUGGGAUUUUGGGGGCUGUCACCGCCCCCCAUUGGGCUCCCAGCCCCGGGGGGGGCCGUGCCGUGACCCCCCGCCCCGCAGUGGUGUAUGUGUGCUGCGCUCCGGACACGCUGCGGGAGCUGAUGCUGCAGGCGUGGAGAGAGGGGCUGACACGAGGAGAAUUCGCCUUCUUUUACAUCGACAUCUUCGGGGCCAGCCUGCAGGGGGGGGGCGGCUUCCCCGACCCCCAGCAGCCCUGGAAGCGAGGGGAUCGCCACGACGACAGCGCCAGGGAGGCCUUCCAGGCUGUCACCAUUAUCACAUACAAAGAGCCCGAGAACCCCGAGUACCGACCGUUCGUGGAGAGGCUGAAGGAGGAGGCGCUGACCCACUUCAACUUCACCAUGAGGGAUGGAUUGAUGAAUUUCAUCGCGGCCGCCUUCCAUGAUGGGGUGCUGCUCUAUGCUCACGCUGUCAAUGAGACGCUGCAGCACGGCGGCUCCAUCACCAACGCCUCCGCCAUCACCCAGCAGAUGUGGAACCGCACCUUCUAUGGUGUCACCGGGUUCCUGAGGAUCGAUGAGAAUGGGGACAGGGAGAGCGACUACUCCCUAUGGGACAUGGACCCCACGAGCGGGGACUUCCAGAUCGUGGCCAACUACAACGGCACCACCAAGGAGCUCAUUAUGGUGCCAGGGACGUGACAUCAUUGGCCAGGGAACGUUCGUCCCUCCGAUGUCCCCCCAUGUGGCUUCGACCACAAAUGACCCACAGUGCCGGAAGGCCAACUGAGCACAUUGGAGGUGCUGUCUCUGGCGCCUCCAGCCUCGUCCUGCUGGCCAAUCCCACUCGUCUCCUUCUUCAUCUACAGGAAGCUGCAGCUGGAGAAGGAGCUGGCGGCCGAGCUGUGGCGCGUGCGCUGGGAGGACCUGCAGAUGAGCAGCAUGGAGAAGCACCUGCGCAGCGCAGGCAGCAAACUCACCCUGUCCCUGAGAGGCUCCAACUACGGCUCGCUGAUGACGGCAGAGGGGCAGUUCCAGGUCUAUGCCAAGACAGCGUAUUAUAAGGGCAACCUGGUGGCCAUCAAGCACCUCAACCGCAAGCGGAUCGAGCUGACGCGCAAGGUCCUGUUUGAGCUGAAGCAUAUGAGAGAUGUCCAAAACGAGCACCUGACUCGCUUCAUCGGCGCCUGCACCGACCCCCCAAACAUCUGCAUCCUGACUGAGUACUGCCCACGUGGGAGCCUGCAGGACAUCCUGGAGAACGAAAGCAUCACUUUGGACUGGAUGUUCCGCUACUCCCUCACUCUUGACAUCGUUAAGGGGAUGCAGUUCCUUCACAACGGCGUCUUCAUGUCCCACGGCAACCUCAAGUCCUCCAACUGCGUUGUGGACAGCCGCUUCGUGCUGAAGAUCACCGACUAUGGACUGGAGAGCUUCCGCGUGGCCCCCGAUGGCGACGACACCCAUGCACUCUUUGCCAAGAAGCUGUGGACGGCACCGGAGUUGCUGCGUAUGGAGGUACCGCCGGCCCGCGGUACGCAGAAGGGAGACGUGUACAGCUUUGGGAUCAUCCUGCAAGAGAUCGCGCUGCGCAACGGAGUCUUCUACGUGGAGGGGAUAGAUCUGAGCCCCAAAGAGAUCAUCGAGAGGGUGAAGAGCGGGGAGCGCCCCAGCUUCCGCCCCUCGGCCAACGUGGGGUGCCACAUGGAGGAGCUGGGCCAGCUGAUGCAGCACUGCUGGGCCGAGGACGUCCUGGAGCGCCCCGACUUCAACCAGAUCAAAGUCCAGCUCCGCAAGUUCAACAGGGAGAGCAGCAGCAACAUCCUGGACAACCUGUUGUCACGCAUGGAGCAGUACGCCAACAACCUGGAGAAGUUGGUAGAGGAGCGCACCCAAGCCUACCUGGAGGAGAAGCGCAAGGCUGAGGCUCUGCUCUACCAGAUCCUCCCCCACUCGGUGGCGGAGCAGCUGAAGCGUGGGGAGACUGUGCGAGCUGAGGCUUUUGACAGCGUCACCAUCUACUUCAGCGACAUUGUGGGCUUCACUGCACUGUCGGCUGAGAGCACCCCAAUGCAGGUGGUGACGUUGCUCAACGACCUCUACACCUGCUUCGACGCCAUCAUCGACAACUUCGACGUCUACAAGGUGGAGACCAUUGGGGAUGCCUACAUGGUGGUGUCGGGGUUGCCGGUGCGCAAUGGGAAGCUGCAUGCACGGGAGGUGGCUCGCAUGGCGUUGGCGUUGUUGGACGCCGUCCGCUCCUUCCGCAUCCGCCAUCGCCCACAGCAGCAGCUCCGGCUGCGUAUCGGCAUCCACACGGGGCCCGUCUGUGCUGGUGUUGUGGGCCUGAAGAUGCCCCGGUACUGCCUGUUUGGGGACACAGUGAACACGGCGUCACGCAUGGAGUCCAAUGGUGAAGCCCUGAAGAUCCACGUCUCCUCCACCACCAAAGAAGUCCUGGAUGAGUUUGGCUGCUUUGAGCUGGAGCUGCGUGGAGAUGUGGAGAUGAAGGGUAAGGGCAAGGUGCGGACCUAUUGGCUGCUGGGGGAGCGGGGAAGCAGCACAAGGGGCUGAGCCCCCCACCCACCCCACCCAGAGACCCCCCGAGUGGGGCCAUACGGGGGACGAACCCCA